AUGCUGGCCGUGGUCGCUGGCGAGCUGGUCCGUGGUGUUGGGAGUGCGACACUUGCGAUCCCUGCUGGCAAUCAUGGGGUUCUACUGACGACAGGCUAUGGUCACGCAGCGCGACACAAAGCUGCGCGUCUGAGAUGGGCAGCAACAGGCGCAGGCGCAGGCGCGGCCCAUGGAGCCUUCGCACAGCUCGAUGCUUUUAUUAUGCGGGUUACACACACGCCCAAUCAUCUGGCCCCUUCACACACCUCCUCUGCCAUUCCCGAGCUGUCAGGCACGCGCGGUGUCCUGUCAACAGCAUUAGUGCCGGGCGAGCUCAGGACCGCGUCGCGCGACGGCGAUGAGCGAAAGGGCUGCGAGCCAUGUUGCCGGGACGACUCAGAGGCCGCUGCAGAGGCAGGGCCAACGGAGACGGUGCGUGGUGCGUGGGCGGGCGGGGAGGGCGUAAGUGGAGACUUUGGGCACAUGCACCGUGCAAUGGCUCUGGGCCUCUUAUUGCUGUUAGAUGGAUACCCAUGCAGCGAUGUCGUGUCCAUCUCAGACUCCCCGGCGAGACGAGCAGCACAUGUCACGGACGCCAUCGUCAGCGUCGGCGUCGGCGUCGCCCAGCGCCAUUAUCAUUGUCGUGUGCGGCAGGCCUCGAGGCCGGUGGUCGUGGUGGUCGUGGUGGUCGUGGUGGUGGUCGCGGCGGCGGCGCGGUACGAUGAUGGUGGAUGCUGUUCGCACGCUUCUACAAAUCGCGGUAAUGGCGGGACAGGGCAUUGUUGUGCAUGCAAUAUCGCGUCUGCGUCUGCGUCUGCGCUUGCCAUUUUGCGAUGCACCAGCGUGCCGUGCACCUGGUUAGCCGACGCCGAUCGGUGGUACGGCGCACUUCACUGGUCAAUCUGCAACACGCUGCCUCAUUGGCAGACGUUCAUGCCUGGUCUAAAUUGCACUAUUAUUGCACGCAGACGACUACCAAGCUUAAUUGGAAUCCACAGGCAGGGCAGGGCGGUGAGGGAGGGAGGGAGCGUCGCUGCUGCUGCGGCUCGUCUCUCGCUGCAGGACAUCAGGAGGCAGAGGAAGGUCGAAUCAUGCAUGCCUCGCUCGGCUGUCGUUUAUGAUGUGGCUCGCGAGUCAACGACGGCGGCGUCCUGCUGCCACUACUACUCAGCAGACGGCCAAGACCCAGGCAACAACGGCCUGCCGCGGCUGCAGCAGAUGGAUGCCACAUGCUGGCCGCUGUCCCCAAACGAGCGCGCUCCAGCUGUCAGCAACAUAAGGUUAGGCUCAGAGAUUCGUCGGCCGUCUGCCAUGAUGCACCUCAGAAUUCAGUUAGCAUCGCGUGCGCCGUGCGCCAGACCGGGCACCGUAGCCUUCUGCCAGCGGGACAGACUCGCCGAUCGACACACAACCCACUUCUUCUCCCACCCCGUCGAUGCCCUGACUACGACUGACCGCCAGGCCACGCUACAUCCGUCCAUACCGCUCUGCGAUGCGAUGCGAUGCGAUGCUGCCAGGGAUGCGGAGAGGCCCAUGAUUGCCACUGCCACUGCCGUUGCCAUUGCAAUGCAUGGCACCAGCUUUUGCAAUGGCCCAACUGGGCAUGGUCCCAGCACGGCCGAGGCGUCGUCGACGCUCACGCCGCCCGAGCGUGUGUCAAAACGUUCACUUGUCUGGUUCGGGAAGCGGGCGGGCCGGCGCCGCUGGGAGGAGCUGGUAGCUGGGAGCGAGCUGCGAGCUGCGCUGGGUCUGUCCGGCUUCGAGGCUGCACGGGAUCGCAGGCGCAGGCGCAGGCCCAGGCGCAGCGCAGUCCAUCUCGGCAUCCUGGGAACGCUGCACCCUUGCCUGCAUUACUUGCGCAAUGUUUCGUCGCUGCAUAGUGCAACGAGGAAACUCCGUCAGACACAUCCUGAUCACUUGCAGCUCCCGCCCGCCCGCCUGCCUGCCUGCCCAUGCACACGCACACGCCAAUACAUCGGGUCUUGGUCCACGUUCACUGCCCUUGACCAUACGCGCCGCGCCCACUCUCGUCCCGCACGAGGUCAACAAUCAAUCCUCUCCGUCCUUGUCAAUGACCCUGGCCAGCGUCCAGCACUGAGCGAGAGGCUUCAGGCUAAGGGCGAACGACUCCUGAUCCGUUCAAAAAGCUGCCACCACCACUACUACUACUCCUCCUUUGCCUGCCUGGCCGCGGAAUUUGUCAAGAACGCCUCAGCUCACCUUCGCAACGUCGAGUCGGUGAUUAUGGAAAGUCUGUCAUUGAGCGAUGCUCAGCCUUAUCAUCGACACUCAGAGCACUACUACCACUCAAAGGAUCGACGACAUCGAUCACCCCGCCUUCCCACGCCAGAGAACUCCAGGAGCAGCAACGAGGCUCUAGACAGCACAAGCCCGUAUGAAGGCGGCCCAGCAGUUCGUGACUUGCUCUCCCGACCAGGCCCACCACGGACGAUGUCCCUAGGUCUUCCUCUCGGAACACAGGUGCACCUCACUCUCCACCUUAUGCAUCUGGAGACAUGCAGAAACCAUCGCUUCCACCUCUCAAAACUGUUAGUAAUCACCAAGCGCAUCACUAUACACCCGACUGACAUUACUCAGGUCCUGGGGGACAGCAUCUCCAGCCCGCCUCGGACGCCUAGCCCUCGUGCGAGUCCUAUGCAACCAGGUCCCAGAGAGCCUUCAUACACAACGUCAACAUUCAAACCACCGGCGCUGUAUCCCAACAAGAAGCAACGAACGGAACCGAUCUUGAGAUCUGCUCCUCCAUACCCCGGAGCGGAUAGGAUCAACCCAACGUUUCCGCCUUCAACCACGUUGGAACGGCGGCCAGAUGGAUCCAGCGUACGAGGCAGCAGCCAUUAUCCGUCUUUGUCGGCGCAGAUGGAUCUCGACUCGAGGCGCCCUUCAAUGCAUACCUUGACAGCACCUCACGCAGCCAUCAGUCCGCCAUGGGGCUCACAGUACCAUUCAGCGAAAUCGUCCAGCUCUCGAUCCAGCUUCGAGACACCAGCUAGCCAUUACCAGACACCAGAACAGACCCCUACAUCAGUAAUUCUCGAGCCAGCACUCCCCAGAAUGAGCACGAUGCCGGGCCCGGUGCAAGACCCGUUCGCGCGGGAGAUGCGCGAUAGCUUCUCACACUCCAACGAAAGACCUACAUCGCGAAGAGGCUCGACGAGCGGCUAUCGCGCUUACCCUCCCGCGCCAUACGAUCGCGAGCCCUCGCGUCCCGGCCCUUACCAGCAAGGCAGUCGGUACUCAAUCCCAGUAAGACACGCAUAUGCAGAACCUCGCGACAGUAUGAGAUAUGCAGGACCAGAAGAGCAACAGCCUCGAUCAAUCAACGGAUACCCACAUCAUUCUUACCAGAGCCAUACCCCAGCCUUUUUCAUGCCGAGCCAUUACGAAUAUCAGCACGGAAAAGCACGCAAGCGGAGCAACCUACCGAAACAGUCUACUGAAAUCAUGAAGCAGUGGUUUGACCAGGUACGCAAAUCGUCCGACUUGGCCUGUUUCCGGUCGUUAACAUGCCAGCAGAACAUCUCGAAUCCUUAUCCCAGCGAAGACCAGAAAGCCAUUUUCUCCAAUGUAAGUUCAGCCAUGCCCUAUUUCAAGAUCAUGACGCAAGUCAGUAACUGGUUCAUUAAUCACCGUAGACGAUCCGUGGUGGAGGCCGGGACUGCGACUCUUGAAACGAAUUUUAUUCUACGGCAUGUAUCUUUACCCCAUACUUUCCACAACGACAAAAAUAGAGACCACAACCAUGAUGAUUACUACGGCACCGAGCAUCUGCGCUUGGGCACUGCAGCAGGAAUGAACAUCCAUGCUUUGGUCCAUGUAGACGCCGACGGAUCGACGUAUAGAGAUGAAAUGUUAAUAAUUGAUCCACAUAACGCCGAGCCGACCUGA